AUGAGCGGCAGACUCUCGCGCAUACUGCAGGCAUUGCACAGGAAACACGGCGACGUGGUGAGGACAGGGCCCAACGAGCUGGUGUUCAUGAGCGCAGACGCCUUCCGCGUCAUCUACGGCCGCCCCAACAGCGGGCAUCCCCCGUUCCUCAAGGCCGCGUGGUACCGCGACAGGCGCUCUGCGCACUCCAACAUCAUCACGGCCAGGGACCCAGAGGAGCACAGGGAGCUGCGGAAGCAGUACUCGCCCGCGUUCAGGCCCAACGCCCUGGCUGACAGCGAGCUGGCCGUCCGCAAGAACGUCGACAUGUUUACGAAGAAGCUGGGGGAGCUCAGCAGGCUGGGACGGGGUGAGGUCGACGUGACGCUGGCCUACAUCUGGCUCACCACGGACGUGAUUGGUGACUUUGUACUCGGACAAGGGUUCGACUGCGUGGCGCAAUGGAACCGCGGCUUCUGGGACGACGUCGUCCUGGACUCGGUAAAGCACGCGGCGAUAUUCAACCUGGUCGCCCAGUCUCGGCUCCUGCGGCCGUUUCUGCCCGUGAUAAUGCCGCCGCGCAUCGAAGAGAUGAACCGGCGAUUCGACGACGUCGUCAAGCAAAAGCUGCAGAGGUGUGCCGAGAACGACGGGCCAGGGGUGAAGAACUCGCUGGCCAGGACGCUGCGGCGGCAGCAACAACAGCAACAACAACAAACACGGUGCCGCGAUCAAAACUACGUCCGCGAGCAGGCCAAGGCCUUUAUCGGCGCCGGCUCCGAGACGGUCGCCACGUCCCUGGCGGCGGCCACGUACUUUUUACUGCGGAACCCGACCAAGCUGCACGUCUUGCAGCAUGAAAUCCGGUCCCGGUUCCCGUCCCGCCGCGACAUCACGGGACACUCGACCGGCGGGCUGCGGUUCCUGCGAGGCGUGGUCGAGGAGUGCCUCCGGCUCUUCCCGCCCGGCACGCUCCCCCUCCCGCGCAUAUGCCCGGGCGCCUUCAUCGGCGGCCGUUACGUGCCGGCGGGCACGGUCGUGUCCGUCAGCCCCUUCGUCACGGCCCGCGACGGCGCCAACUUUCGCACCCCGGACGAGUUUUGUCCGGAGCGCUGGCUGAACGGGGACGGGGCGAGCGCGGACAACACGGGCGCCAGCAAGCCCUUCUCCACGGGACCCCGCGGGUGCCUCGGGGUCAAUCUUGCAUACCUCGAGAUGAGACUGGUGCUCGCGAACCUCGUCUAUCUCUUUGACUGGGAGCUGGUCAGCGACGUCGACUGGAUGCGGGAUGCGCGCGAAGGCAUCGUGUGGCAAAAGCCGGCCUUGGUGGUUCGCUUCUUGCCCAGGGAGGUGCAGGAUGCGCCCUGGGCUGUCGGGUCCUAG